UUAGUCUACUUGUUCACCAUCAUGGCCACCAAUCCAGCAGCGUGUGCAGUGUUCCAGUUGCUGUCAGUAAUUUCCUUCAGCUGUGUUGAUCUUCAGCUCAAUCUGUAUCACCUGUAUGAGUUGAUCAGUGAGUGUAUUUGACAGCAGGGCUGAUUCAGCAUCUUCACACACUCUUCAUCUGAAGCUUCACUGAAGGUGAUCAUCUGCAGACCAAGGUUCAUGAUGUUCCUGCUGAGGAGUCUUCUGCUGCUUUCUAUCGUGUUCUCCAUGGAGGGUGCAGAUGAGGAGCGACUUCGCUGUGAAAGAGGCUGGAGCGGGUCUGGCUCUCGCUGCUUCAGGUUUUUCUCCAGGUCUGUGAACUGGGUCACAGCAGAGAGAAACUGUCAGAGUCUUGGAGGGAAUCUGGCUUCUGUGCAUGAUCAAGUGGAGAAUGACUUUCUGCUGAGUCUGGUGCCGGGCUCCACACGCUGCUGGAUUGGUGGCCAUGAUGGUGAACAAGAUGGACAGUGGUUGUGGUCUGAUGGAUCUGUGUAUGGUUACACCAACUGGUGCUCAGGAGAGCCUAGUAGCGGGUCUGAACACUGCUUGGAGAUCAACUGGACAUCGGACCGUUGCUGGAACAAUCAGGGCUGUUCGACCCGAAUGGGCUAUCUGUGUGCUAAACGGCGUGUACCGUGUUAGUGUGACUGUAACUUCACCUGAGUCUUCUCUCUGUUUUUCACAUCAAACCAAUAAAAGUGGAGUAAAUGGUUACU